AAAAGGUUGCUCCAAAAAAUGAUGAUGUUGGUCAACUCUGCCACGAAACAGGUUUUUCCCGUUGACUAUGAAACAGAGGUGUCACAGCGUCUCGUAGAAGCUGUUCAUUACGGUGACACAGACGCUUCGUUUGAGUAUAUUGCCAAUCCUUUGGUGGACGUGAACUUCGUCGGAACGGUGUCGUUUAAGUCCAAAACGACGGAGAUUGUGCUGCAGGACGAGUCGCCUCACCGAGUUCACUCGGUUUACGAGGAGUUCAAGACCGACGUCACUGCUCUGUUUCUGGCUGCGCAUUCAGGGAAUUUGACACUUCUGAGGAAGCUUCUGAAUGUCGGAGCUAAUGUAAAUAUGAGAUUGUUCCGGGGCUAUGCCACAACAGCAGCAGUAAGGGAAGGUCACCUCAAAGUGUUGGAGGUACUUAUCAAUGCAGGGGCAUCACAACUUGCAUGCGAGGAGGCAUUAUUGGAAGCAAGCUACUUGGGACAGGCAAGAUUUGCUGACCUACUCAUGCAAUCCAACAUGAUCCGUCCUCAGGUUGCAAUUCAUGCUCUUGUCUCUGCAUGUUGCAGAGGCUUUGUUGAGGUUGUUGAUGUACUCAUCAAGCAUGGGGUGGAUGUCAAUGCAAUUGAUAGGACAUUGCUUCAAUCUUCAAAGCCAUUUCUUCAUGCUAAUGUUGAUUGCAAUGCAUUAUUCGCUGCUGUUGUCAGCAGGCAGAUUAAUGUUGUUAGAUUACUGGUACAGGUUGGCGUAAGGCUUGAUAUCAAGGUGAAACUAGGGGCUUGGUCAUGGGACACAGAUACAGGAGAAGAAUUUCGUGUGGGUGUUGGACUAGCUGAGGCUUAUCCUAUCACCUGGUGUGCUGUGGAGUAUUUUGAAUCGACUGGUGCUAUAUUGCAUAUGCUUCUCUGCCACCUAUCGCCUAAUAGUUUGCACAUUGGAAGGACCCUCUUACACCAUGCUAUCAUUUGUAACAAUGAAAAGACAGUAAAUAUACUUCUAAGUAGUGGCGCUGAUCCAGAGAUGGUAGUGCAGACUACUGAAGAGACCAAUGUUCAUCCUAUUCAUAUGGCGGCGCGGUUUGGAUCAUGUAACAUUCUUCAGUGCCUGGUUAAUGCUAGUUGUAACUUGAACUCCCAAACAAAAUCCGGAGACACAGCAGUGAUGAUCUGCACAAGGUAUAAACAUGAGAAAUGCCUUGGAACCCUAGCAUCAGCAGGUGCUGAUAUGGGUGUGGUAAAUUCAUCUGGUCACUGUGCAACUUCAAUUUCAAACUCUCUUCAGUGGACUAAAGUCUUCCAGAAAGCAAUUUUAGAUGUAAUUAGAGCUGGGAAUGUUGUUAAAUCAAGCAAUGCCUCUAGAUUUUCGGCUUUGUUAUUUGCAACUAGUGUAAAUGAUUUAGAGGGUUUGAAGAGACUCAUUGAAAACAAGAACAUCAAUCUGAAUGAGCAAAAUGCCAAUGGAUUUUCAGCUGCAAUGAUAGCUGCUGCAGGGGGUAAUCUAGAGGCAUUCAAGUUGCUUCUUUACGCUGGGGCUGAUGUGACUAAGCUUAAAAACACGUAUGGUUUAACAGCACUUAACCUCAUAGAUGUGAGCCAAAAUGGCGUAGUGUUUCACAAAGUGAUGCUUGAGUAUGCACUUAAAAAGGGAUGCAAUGGUUCAAUUGAGGUGAAUCCUCUCCACCAUGCAACACGCUAUGGGGAAAUGAACAUUGUUCACAAACUACUAAAAGAAGGGUAUGAUGUCAAUGCUUUUGAUGGACAAGGAUACACCCCUUUGAUGUUAGCAGCAAGAGGAUGCAGAGGUGAAAUGUGUGAGCUUUUGAUCUCAUUUGGAGCCAAAUGUGAUAUUCAGAAUGGAAGACAUGAGACAGCACUUUCACUAGCAAGAGAAAAUGGCACAGGAAAUGAAGCAGAACGUGUGAUUAUGGAUGAACUAGCUCGAAGAUUAGUAUUGUGUGGUAGUCGUGUGAAGAAGCAUACAAAGUGUGGUAAAGGUUCACCUCAUAGCAAGUUACUACUAAUGGUGGGGGCUGCUGGAGUUUUGCGUUGGGGAAAAUCAAGUAAAAGAAACGUUAUUUGUAAGGAAGCUAAGGUUGGAGCUAGUGAGAAAUUUCGAUGGAACCGAAGGAGGAAGUUUGAUGUUGAUGAACCAGGAAUUUUCUAUGUUGUUACUACAAAAAAUAAGGAAUUCCAUUUUGUAUGUGAAGGUGGGGUUGAAAUGGCUCACUUGUGGGUAAGGGGGAUUAGAUCAGUAACUAAAGAAGCGAUUUUUGGUCUAAGAGCUGGUGUUUGA